AUGCUAUUCUGUUUCUAUCUUCUCGUGCUCGCACUCGUCGUGUCGAUUAGCAGUGGCUCUCUCUCGGUUCCACCCGCUAAUAAGUCGACCAAGCUACCAGCGCAGAACAUGGACACCUCCAUUCGGUCGGAGACAGACGGAAAACGCAUGCCACGAGUGACCGACGUUUCCAAUCAGUCCGUCCUUGAAGAAAGGCAGCCUGAAGCUGAUGCGAUAGUAGGAACUGUUAAAGCAUAUCUGAAGCAACUGCUUCAGUCCAUGCGAGUCAAAGGGCCCCCAUCCCAGGCGUUACAAGAAGAAACGUUGGCUGCCAAAGCGAGGAGCAUCCCGACCCAGGAGGCUAUGAGCUUGCUGGACCCUAUGCAUCCAAAUCCUGAUGAAAAAUUUCAACAGGCUUGGCGGCUAGCAAGUGCUAAUGCGGCGCAUUUAGACUUGACGCGUGCCGGAGUCACUACACGAAUGUAUGCACUUGUUUUAAAAACCGAGGCGGGCCGCAAGAAGGGCCACAUGUACGAGGAAGCAAUGAAGAAGGCGAAAGCGUACAGAAAUUUUAGAAGCAGUUACGACUUGGCACAAGUUCGAGCUACGAUUGCCUCGUUUAAGGAGCAUGUGGAGGAAAACCAAGCGCCUCACCUGCCUCCGUUGUAG